AUGGUUAAUCUGGUCCUAAAUCAGGGCGCUGCCCGCUGCCGGUCCCAGCUCGGCUCGGCUGGUUCGGCUCCGCACGGCCAGCCAUGCGGGGGGGGGGCGGGGGGGGUGUGGGUGGAGGACUACGAGGUGCUGCAUCGCAUCGGCCCGGGUUCCUACGGCCGCUUCCGGAAGAUCCGGAGGAGGAGCGACGGCAAGAUACUAGUUUGGAAAGAGCUAGACUAUGGCUCCAUGACAGAAGCUGAGAAGCAGAUGCUCCUCUCUGAAGUCAAUCUGCUUCGUGAAUUGAAACAUCCAAACAUCGUCCGUUACUAUGAUCGAAUCAUAGAUCGGACCAACACUACCCUGUACAUUGUAAUGGAAUAUUGUGAAGGAGGGGACCUGGCAAGUGUAAUUACAAAGGGGACCAAGGACAGACAAUACUUAGAUGAAGAGUUUGUUCUUCGAGUGAUGACUAGGUUGACUCUGGCCCUGAAAGAGUGUCACAGGCGAAGUGACGGUGGUCAUACUGUGCUGCAUCGGGAUCUGAAACCAGCCAACGUCUUCCUGGAUGGCAAGCAGAACGUCAAGCUUGGAGACUUUGGGCUAGCUAGAAUAUUAAACCAUGAUACAAGUUUUGCCAAAACUUUUGUUGGCACACCUUAUUACAUGUCUCCUGAACAAAUGAACCGCAUGUCCUACAAUGAGAAGUCAGACAUCUGGUCCCUGGGCUGCCUGCUCUAUGAGCUCUGUGCAUUGAUGCCUCCAUUUACAGCUUUUAACCAAAAAGAAUUAGCUGGGAAAAUCAGAGAAGGCAGAUUCAGACGAAUUCCAUACCGAUAUUCUGAUGAAUUGAAUGACAUUAUUACAAGGAUGUUAAGUUUAAAGGAUUACCAGCGACCUUCCGUUGAAGAGAUUCUUGAGAAUCCUUUGAUAGCAGAUUUGGUUGCAGAAGAGCAAAAGAAUCCUGAGAGGAGGGGCCGCCGCUCAGGAGAGCCUUCGAAGCUGCAGGACUCCAGCACGGUGCUGAGUGAGCUGAAGCUGAUGGAGAUCCGGCUGCAGGAGCGGGAGUGGGCCCUCCAAGCACGGGAGGAGAGCCUGGAGAAGAAGGAGCGUGAACUCUGUGUCCAAGAGAGACUGGCCGAGGACAAGCUGGCCCGAGCCAAGAGUCUGGUGAGGAGCUGCGGCCUGCAGAAGGAGCAGCGCUUGCUGUCUCUGGCAAGUGGUCCAGGGCUAUUUAAUCUCCCAUCCUCCUUGAUCAAAAAGAAAGUUUAUUUCGGCAGGGAGAGUAAAGAGAACUUGCAGAGAGAGAAUUACGAGAGUCAGCUCUCCUCCAAAUCCAAGUGCAAGGACCUGAAGAAGAGGCUGCAUGCUGCGCAGCUGCGGGCUCAAGCCUUGUCGGAUAUGGAAAAGAACUAUCAGCUGAAGAGCAGACAAAUCCUGGGCAUGCGCUAG